AAAAUAGGUCAACAAAGUUAAUAAAAUUUGACCCUAUGAACAAUGAAUGACAAGUUUAAUUGUGAACGGAGGAAUUAUUUCUUUUUUACAUUUAUCUCCCUUUCAAAAACACAACCCGACCAAAUUUUCACUCCAGGUCCAAUACAGUCUCUCCCUCUCGAAAGAAGAAGAAGAAGAAGAAGAAGAAAUACAGGAAAUUGGCGAGGAAGGAGGAUGCGAUUAAUAGUGGGUGGGAGCUUUUUGAAUUGGCCGGGUAACAUCCUUCCAUUCCUCCCCAAAUUCCCUUUCUCUGCUCUUUUUCACAAUGAUGUCUCUGUUAUGCCCAAUAUUCACGAUUCAUACUUGCAUCACAAAGACUCAAACUUUACCAGUGUCAAGAAGCUCGACGAUGCAAUUCUACUGUACCGUCACAUGGUCCGGAUGAAACCCUUUCCCCAUAUCUUCCAAUUCAAUCAUCUCUUGAAUGCCAUUGUGAAGAUGGGCUGCUACAGUGACGCCAUCUCUGUAUACAAGGAGAUCUUGGCAUCUGGAGUUGCCAUAAAUCAGUACACACUGAGCAUUGUUGCCAACUCCCUCACCCGUUUGCAUCAGGUGGAUCUGGUUUUUGCUGUCUUAGGGAGCCACUUGAAGCUCGGCCUCGUGCCCGAUGUCAUUUUGUUCACCACCUUGCUCAAAGGGUUGUUCCGCCAAGCUAGGGUUCAAGAUGGCAUUUGGCUGUUCCACAAGUUGUUGAAUGAGAAACUGUGCGAUCUAAGUGAAGUCACAUUGCUGGUACUCAUUGACGGCCUCUGCAAGGCGGGACACACUGGCGAGGCUAUCAACUUGCUUCGUUUAUUUCAGGAGAAGGGAAACUGCAAGCCAAAUGUAUACGCAUAUAACACAGUUAUUGAUUCUUUGUGCAAGGAUAAGAUGGUGGACGAUGCCCUUGGUUUGCUAGACAAGAUGAUGCAAAAGGGUAUUUCUCCUAAUGUUGUGACCUACAGCAGUAUGUUGGAGGGUUUAUUUCAAGCAGGGAGAUGUGCUGAUGCCGAGAAGCUUUUUAACCGGAUGGUAGAGAAUCAAGUAUACCCAAAUCUUGUCACUUACACUAUUAUUUUGGAUGGCUUCUGCAAGAACCAUCAUGUUCCUCAAGCGCUUUCUUUACUGAGGAUGAUGGAAGCUAAUGGUCCUAUCCCCGAUAUCAUUGCCUAUAACACUGUCAUAAAUGGACUGUUCAGUGAUGGGAAAUCAUGCAGUGCAAUAGAGCUACUCAAUGCCCUUCCCUCUAAAGGCCUGCAGCCGGGCACAAUAACCUACAAAACUAUGAUCAGAGGACUUUGCCAAGAAGGUUUGGUAGAAGGUGCAAAAGAUAUGAUCAAGGAAAUGGAGAAAAAUGGUGUUCCUCUGGAUGGUUGGGUAUACAAUGAACUGAUUCGUGGAUUUCUGCAAAAGAAAGAGCAUUGUGAUGCUGUAUUACUUUUGGAGGAGAUGUCGGGACUUGGAUUCUCACCUGACAGUUCAACUUGUGAAAUGUUACUCAAAUCUAUCGUACUACGAGAACCAGAUUCCACUCUGCUGCAUACGCUUCUGAAUAUCAUAGAGAAUGAUGAAAAAUUCAGAUCUUGAAUCUUUUUCUGUACCAAAUUCCAGUCUGAUUCAUCCUCUAUUUUGAAUUGCAGAUUAUAUGUGACUAAAAGCUGGAAAAAAAAAGAACUAAACCCCUUUUUCAGCCCUCAACAGCUGAAAAGGAAGUACACCCUUUUGCAGAUUCUAGUUACACCACAAAUGUUAGCCAAUAGAAUGAACAACCCCUUUUAUGCCAUACAUCAUCAAUCAUGUGUCUAUGUCUAUGCAAUCUUUUAUGGCUACUGAAAGAGGAUGUGGUUAAAAGUGUGUGGGAGCAUUUUGAACGGGGCAAACAGUGGAUUAUUGCCCGGUUAAUUCCUUUUAUUUCACACUCUUCCAUCUCACACCCAUUUACGCCAAGUAGAUUUGGGUUU